AUGGUCGAAAUUCCAGACAAGCGUCACAGGAGCUCCAGUAGUCUUGCUGGGAUUCUGGAAGGCGUACGUUCUGAAAAAAAAUUAGAUGUUCGGGCUUCAAUUCCGGAAGUUGAUGAUCAAUUCGCUUUAGCGGAAGCACGAUGUGAUAGUUUGCAAGAGAAAAUUGAUUUAGUAAAAGGUCUAAAACGAAAAAAGAAAUUGAAAAAGAGAAGUAUGACCACAAUAACCGAACCAGUUUCAACAAUGACAAAUAUACCGCUGAUUACGUUUCGAAGUCGGCCGAAAAAAAAAGUAUCGCAGCAGCCGGAGAAUCUUCGACGGCUCGAGACAACUGUCAAGGCAAACCCUACCACAAAAACGACACGUGGGUAUGUUGAUCCUGCUGUGAUCGAGCAGCAGCAGAUGUUGAACAGAGUUCAUGCGAACAGGCUGCCUCAUCAACAGCAGCAUAGACCGUCAAAGGUAAAGUCGAAUCGUGGCGCAGAAAAUAUGGCCCAAUCGCGGAUGCUUUUACGUCGACCUCCAGCUGACGGCGACAGUGAGCAAGAAAGUGUGCCCCCAGAAUUAUGCGGCGAAGAUGAAUCGUCCGAUGAUAAAUCAUUCAACGAACAAAAUACGUUUUAUUCACAAAAAAGGGAUAACCACAGUCGACCUCAAUCCAAGCAAUCGAAGGGAAAACGACACAAUAUUGUAAAACCUCCUGGAUCACAAACAGGUACAAAGGUAAGUGAAUCGGAACGGGGGCAAGUUGUGGAGCUGUUUAAGAAUAACGAAGCGCGUAGUCCGCGACAGCUGAACAUAAAUAUUGCAAAGGAGAUGAACAGAAUAAAAGACAAUGCUGUCUUAUAUAAGCAGGAAGCGCCGAUUGGCCAAAUGGAAAACGUACCACCAACAUAUUUGAAGAAACCAAAGGGUAAUAAAAACGUAAAGUACCGCAACCGUCACUACGAGUUGCCCACCGUGUCAUCAAAAAUGAAGCGAGUCGUCCUCCACUGCUACAAUGAUAAUUUGGCCCACGCCGCCAUACCGUUCGUCGUCAGCAAGAGUUCCGCUCCUUCCCACAACGUCGGCGUUAAUCUUCAGCAGAUUUUAAACGGGCUCAGAGUACAGCAGCCGAUAUCGAAAAUACCACUUACCAUCGCGCACCAUAUGGGCCUACGUCACGUUCCCACGACUGGAACUAAAAGCGCUAUGACGUCUCCGACGUUACAAAGCAGUGAAAUGAAUGUUAUCAAGUUAGGACAGAGGUUACUUCAUCUGCCAUCGUUUAAAACCAUGUCCUACUGUCGGUUAUUGUCGCUCUACCGCGCGGGGAACAGCCUCGUGUCCAGAUUCCUAUGUGCCAACGGACGGCCACAUUACUUCUACACGUCUAUGUGCGAUCUAACGACGAAUCCAGAUGAAAUCGCGUCAGCACAGUCGAAAAGACGAAGCAGGAGUCAAGGGGAGAAAAAGAACCUAAUGGAAUACGUGGCCCUGUUCAGGGAGUACGAGCAGGUCGAGAAGCGUCUUAACGAGAACUACGAUCCAGAUCUUGAAAAACAUAAGGAUAGCCUGGAAAAUAAACUUACAGAACGUGAAAAAUAUAUUCGGAAGAUCGUUCGAGAUACGGGGUACGAUAUGAAUGUGGAAGAUUUCAGGGCUACUAUUGCGAACGAGGAUUAUCAACAUUUAAAGUUUGAUUUAAUGUCAACACAAACUCAACAAUAAAAGACUAUUUAUUUAUGAACGUGAGAAAUUAUAUGUAAUUUAAAUUAUAUAUUGUGAAUUAAACU